GACCUUCCUCUCCAGCGCGCCCCCUCUAGGCAUAGCGGCAGCUCCUCCUCCCUCUGCUUCGUGCGCGCAGGAGCAGAAGCUCCAUGGCCGCCGAGCCCCCUUCUAUGGCCGGGCGUCCCUUCCUUCCGGCGCGCUGAAGCAUCUCCUGGCGACCUCACCUUCUCAGCGCAGAAGCUUGGGGCCUCCCAUGGCGCCCUCCUCCCUGGUCUCCCUUGCGCAGGGCAGCCAUGGUCGGGCUCCCCUGGAGCAGGCGCUCCUAGCAGCCAUGGCUCCCUCCCUCGGUUGCUCCUCGCUGCUUCUUUCCCAUGGAACUGGCGCAGGGGACAACUCCAUCUCUCCCCUUGGCGCCACCUUCAGGCAGGGCAGCAGGGAGCUCGACGCCCCUGUGCAGCCCACACCUUCUUCCUCCCAUGGUCGAGCCCCCCCUGCACUUUCCCUUUCUUCAGCAUGGCGCCCCUAUUUCCCAGCCGUGCAGCUCCCUGUUGGUUCUCCACCCCGCCGGCAGCUUGGAGUCCGAGCAGGCACCGCGGGAGCCUAUCCCCAUGACGCCCAGCAGCCCUGCUGUCCCCUCCCCGUGACGCGACGUAUCUGCUCGGCUCCCUCUCCCGGCAGCAUAGCUCCUCGCAGCCGGAUUUCCCCGCAGCCCCAGCUCGAGCAGUGAGCUCGCCGUCGCCCAUUGGCUGUUCGACAGAAUGCCUGUGGGAAAACAUCGUGUUGUGCGCAGCCCCAUCCGCGACACUGUCGA